AUGCACUUCUGGAUCAAACUUUGCUUCCUGCUCUUUUACCUCCGCCUCGGCAAGGAAAGAACGUAUCGAAUGCUGGUCUUCGGCACCAUCGGACUGACCGCUACAAUCACCGUCACCAUCUGGCUGAUCUAUUGUCUCCAAUGCGAUCCUCUCCAGGCCUUUUGGUAUCCAACUCAAUUUCCCACGGCGAAAUGUCUCCCGUCAAAAGUGACUUAUUUUGUGCCAGGAAGCUUGGAACUGUUUCUCGACUGCAUUAUCCUCUUCCUUCCUGUGACCGUGUUCUGGGGCCUGCAAAUGAGCUGGCGACGCCGCCUCGCCGUGUACUCGGUCAUCACUAUGGGCGGGGUCGUCGUGGUCGUGUCGGGCCUCCGGCUGGUCGUGGUCAACCAGUUCGCUACCAACCCGGACUUCACUUAUAUUCUCGGCCGGAUGAUCCUGAUCUCGGCCGUCGAGAUCCAGGUCGGCAUUUUCGCCGCAAACAUGCCGGGGAUCAAGGCAUUCUACUCAAUUUGGAGAAAAGGCGAACUGUCUGUCAGUGGAACAAAGAAGUCGUCUCAGGGAAGUGCAGGCGUGGUCAGCAGCGGCCAGGCGCAUCAGCUUGCGACGCUCUGGAACAGAAGUGGCAACAGGAACAAGGGGGAAGAAGAUGACAAGGCCACCGAAGGCGACGGCGACGGGUCUGAGCGACGCCUCACUCGGUCGAGGUCGUCUGCAGAGCUAUACACUGGGGACGGAAAGGGCCAGAUCAGCAUUGCAACCGAGUACGCAGUGGCAGAUGAUGAGGACUUUCGCCGUCCCCAGCGACACUCGCACUAUCACAACGCAAUACCGGACAAUUUGAGAUGA